GACGCCUGGGAAGUAGUGGAUCGAGAUGAAGAGGCGCAAGGGCAACGACCCGGCGGAGAUGCCGCCCGACGGGGUCGUGCUGCCCGACGAGCUCAUCGCUGAGGUCUUGCUGCGCCUGCCGGCCAGGUCCGUCCUCCGGUUCCGCGCCGUCUGCCGCGCCUGGUCCGCGCUUCUCCGGUCUCCCGGUUUCAAGGACGCCUACGCCGCCGCGGCAGCCGCCCGCAGGAACAGCAAGUUCGUCUUCUUCGCGCCGGCGGGCGUCUACGGCUGCUCGCUGCAGGGCAGCGACGCGCUCUUCACCGUCGACGGCCGCCGGCUGCACCCCGACUUCCUAUGCGUGUCGACGAUGCCAUGCCGCGGCCUCCUCCUCUUCUCGGACGCUCGUCGUUACGGGGCUUACUGGGUGUGCAACCCAAGCACCGGGGAGUGCAGGCGCCUGCCGCUGACGACGUGUCGUCGCCCCAACUACUCGAGCGCUGGCCUGGUCUUUGACAACCAGACCAAGGAGUGCAAAGUUGUUCAUCUAUUUCACCAUGGACAUGUCAACAUCUCGUGCGAGGUUUACACCUUGUCUGGCCCAAAUCGCCGGUGGAGGCCGGCCGCCGGCGGGGGCCACAACAUGCCGCUGCCUCUCCAGAGGCCGGCGAUGAAGUGCAUGCAGAUUCAUGACACCGUGACCAAGAUGCCUCCCGUGUUUGCCGGUGGAUAUCUGCACUGGUUGCUCUACCCCAACCGCCAAAGCCUUGUCCCGGGGCCUUCUAGGGCUGCGGUCCUUCACUUCUCGGUCUCCCACGAAACGUUCGACAUAGCAAAUGCACCUGUACUAAGCGAGCAUGUCGCAGCAGAGUGCAGGGAGCUGGAGGAGCAUUUACCGCCGGUCCCAAUUCACCUCGCGGAGCUUCAAGGCUCCCUCUGCAUGGUCCAUGACAGCCGACACGCCGGAAGCUGCCUGGAUAUCUGGGUGAUGAGGGAUCACGAAACCAUGGAGUGGUCGCUAUACUGUCAAAUACCACUCUUGUCACUGUCACGUGAUGUACCUAGCCCUCGGUUCAUCACCAUCCUAGGCUUGUGCCCUGGGAAAGGGGAGAGGAGGAUAAUGCUGGCUACCUCCCGGCACACGGUUCAUUCUUUCUGCCUCGAAACAGGGGAUGCCAAGACAAUGCUCUCUGUUGCUGAGACGGCCAUUGGUUGCCGGAACGAAGCUGUCGCUGCUCUUCAGCUGGCUCUCUAUGAGGACAGCCUAGUCCGCAUAGGGGACGAGGACGAGGAGAAGGAGGAGCAAGUGUUGUCCACAGCUUUGACCAUGGCCCUAGUGCGGCUUCCAGUCAGAUCAAUCGUUCAAUCCAUGCUGGUCUGCAGGCAGUGGUGCACAGUGAUUGAGAGCGAGAGCUUUGUUCAAUCGCACAUGUCCAUGAGCAUGAGCAGGCCGAGGAGGGUAUGUAUGGUCACGGAUGGUCGUUCCCGAUGCGACUUGUUUGGUUUCACGCCUAUGGAGAGCUGGCUUCAGCAGCAGCAUGAUAGUUCAAACACUCCUCUCAGGGACAAGAUCAUCUGCUCCAAGCCUUGCCAUGGGCUCAACUUGAUAAGCACGGGCAGUGGCGAUGACUACAUGUGCAAUCCUUGCACUGGCUCCAUGGUGUGCCUAGGACACCGUGGCAGCCUAGUGUGCCAUCGACAAGGCAGCAGCAAAACUAAAACUAAUAGCUGUGCCAACAACGGCUUCACCGAUGGCAGGAACGUCGGGCUAGGGUUUGAUGAGUCAAGAGGAGAGCAUGUUGCAGUCGAAAUUGGGCACCACUACUUGAACAACGGCUCCUUGGCAUGCAUGGUCAAAACUGGGAGCAGAGAUGUCUGGGCUUUUGUUGGGGAACCACCGGUGGCAGUGUCUGCUAUGCCUCCUGCACAUAUCAGCGGGACAUUAUACUGGCUGAGUAAGCAGACUAUUCGGCCAUGUGACGAACGUGUUGUUGUGGCGUUCGACAUCUCCGCCAGAGCAUUCACCACCCUCCCAUGCCACCCAUGUCAAAGAUGCGAGCACGACGCUUUCCUUGUGGAGCUGAACGGAAUGCUUUCACUUGUGGUUGCAGAUAAAGAGGCAGACGAGCUUGAUGUAUGGGUGAUGAUGCACAAGCAGCACGGCACGUGGGGGAAGGCUCUGAAGAUAUGUCUACGGAAUCAGCAGCCUACUAAUUAUUAUUCACUCAAAACAGGCCGGGUGGUAGUGCCGCUGCAAAUCGACAACGAACAAGGCAAGAUCCUGCUCAGGACGGGACGUGCACUAGGUUAUUACCAUCUCAAGAACGAAACGAUCGAGACGGUCUACUCUGGAGACGAGCUGCUGUUCCCCAUGCUGUACGAGGAGAGCUUGGUCUGCGUCCCGGACGACGAGCUGCUCGACGACCACCACGCCGCAGCACCCACCACCGUUGGACACCAAGGAUCAACCAGCAGCAGGUCCAUAUUCCAGGGGUGUGAGAAGAGCAGAUGCCAGGGCAUCGCCGCUGUCUACAGAAGGUGCUGCAGGAGGGUGUUAUGCGUGGUGUGCGCGGGUGCAUGCCGCGAGCACUCCCGGGAUCAGCCUGUCGUCCUCCCUACCAGGUGGCUCCAGGACGUGCUCGCAGAACUGGCUGAUCUAGGACUGCCUCUCCAUCACCCCUUUGUGCCAGCCGCUGACUACUGCUACUACUAUUCGACCAAGAGCGCUGACGGCGAGACGGCGUGCCAUGUCUUUGUGUCCGUCAAGGAUUACGCGAGAAAGAGGCAGCCGUGCCAUCUGGUGGAGUGUGGCUACAGGAUGGAAGGGCAGGUCAUCAGGGAGACUUGGGUUCGCAGAUAUCGCGCCGAUGACGCUAGUCGCUAGAGCUUUUGUUUUUUCCUCUAGCUCCAGCUAUACAAAGUGCUUCUGUAACCAUAUGUUGUAUGAAUAUAACAGAAACCAAAAUUCGAUUGUGUGCAAUUCUUGGGGCUUCAAACGAAAAUUGUAACUGCAUAUUUAUAACUGACAUUUUUAUUUUACUAGAAUUGCUGUACAUGUA